AUGUCUGUUCGGCCGCUGUCACAUUGCCUCCGCGCUCGCUGCAUUCGAAGCAGCCCCCAGAACAUCCAGGGCUUCUCCACGCGAAGCAAUGUCCGCGCCGCCGACCAUGGCGACCACUACGAUCCUCCGACUGGGUACCUCUUCGGUGUUAAGCCGGGCCAGAAGUACGUGAAGGAAGGCUGGGAGAACAUUUGGUACUACGGAUUUAUUGGCAGUCUGCUCGUUGCUGGAGUUGCAUAUGUCUUCAAGCCAGACACCUCGAUACAAACAUGGGCUCUGGAAGAGGCCCGACGGAGGCUGGAAGCCGAAGGUAUCCUCGAGGAUCCUCAGCGCAAGUGA